ACCUCAUGAUUGUUUCUGAAAAGUGGCCAUUCUUCAAUCUCUUGUCCUUGGCAGCGAAAUCCUUCUCCCUGCACCCGCGAGCCGAAGUUCUGGAGGACGCCUGGGAGGCUAGAAUCCAAAGUGGUGAUGGGGUUGUUUCGGAUUGCGGGCUGGCACAGGGUGAAGUCGUCAGAAUCAUCACACACUUGCAGCUGGCUUCCGUCGUGCCGUGUGUAUCAGCCAAGAUACACGGGAGAAGAGGCGCCAGAGAGAGUCGCAGUGUGUGCCCGUUACGGCCAACGUCGAGCUGUUCUGUCAACAUGGCGUUCCGCAUCGAGCGAUUCAAUAGCGUUCAGUGACACUAAUGCGGCAGCAGGAGGGGAAGCAGAAGAAAAAGA